AUGGAGCCUUCCCCAUUUAAUAGAAGACAAUGGACUUCACAGUCUUUGAAAAUCACUGCGAAAGAGCUUUCUCUAGUCAACAAGAAUAAGUCAUCAGCUCUUCUGGAGAGGUUCUCCAAGUAUCAGAAAGCAGCUGAAGAAGCCACUGCUGAGAAAAAAAGAAGUAACACAGAAAAUCUUCCCCCUCAUUUUAAAAGGGGGAAUCUGAGUGUACUAAAGAAGAAGUGGGAGAAUCCAGUGCUGGGAACGGAGUCUCAGAAGCAAACGCUACAAAGCAGCUGUGCUGAGGUUAGGCACAAGGUCGCCAGCCCUGGGCUCGGAGUCGGGAGCAGCCCUGCUUCUUCCCCAGACGCGGAGCAAACCCCGGGGGCUGGUGCUACAUCUGACGCCCAGGCCCCUUCCAGCACCCCUGGCCAGCUGCAGUGUCCUGGUGGUGACAGCAGAAAGUUUAAAAGCCACCCACCAGAGAGCGGUAAAAUGGAAAACUGUCUGAGAGACUCCAGAGAAGUGGAAAAGCCUGAAGCCAGUGAAAACACAGACUCUUCGGGGAAGAUCGAGAAAUACAGCGUUCCGCUGAACAAACUCAAGAUGAUGUUUGAAAAGGGUGAAGCGACUCAGACCAAGGUCCCUAGAGACCAGAGGAAGACAGCAGUCGGUAGGAGGAUUUCUGAAAACAGCCUCUCUUCGGAGGACUUUGAUGUUGGCCAAGGAGAGAAGAGUCAUAGUACAUCAGGGCAUCUUGUAGAUACUAGUCCAGCACUCAGUCCAGAUAAGGCAGAGACCAAGAAAAGCCUGGAGAUGCCUCGCUUAACAGAAACUUCAAUAAAGGAUAGGCUGGCAAAGUAUCAGGCAGCUGUGUCCAAGCAGGGCAGUUCCACAGGCCUCAUUACCAUGAAUGAGAUUCAAGCCAGUGAAAGUGAACUCAAGAAUUACAAAUCUGAGCAGAAGGAGAAUAUGCCACCAAGUCUUGAGGACUCCAUUUCCUGUCAGGAUGGGGAGAAGGUUUCUGUAGGUGAGAACAGCUUGUCUUUCCACUCUGGUCUUCUAGAGGAUGGCAAUGUUGGACAAAACUUGGAGAACGAGACAGAAGUUCAGAAACCUGUCAGCACAAAGCAGCAAAACUUUGGUUCUAAACCAGCUGGCCAGACAGAUGCAUCUCUGCCAAAAGCAGUGAAGAAAUUUCAGUUGCCAAUGAAGGAAACCUGUGUUGGGUGUCAGAAGACGGUGUACCCGAUGGAAAGGCUCUUUGCCAACCAGCAGGUGUUUCACAUCAGCUGUUUCCGCUGUUCCUAUUGCAACAGUAAACUCAGUCUUGGGACAUAUGCAUCUCUGCGUGGGAACAUUUACUGCAAGCCUCACUUCAAUCAGCUCUUCAAAUCUAAAGGCAAUUAUGAUGAAGGCUUUGGACACAAACAGCAUAAGGAAUUAUGGGCAGGCAAAACUGAAUGUGAAGAAUCCCUGGAGAAAACUGUCCAUGGUGUAAAUGCAACAGAAAGUCCGCAAAGCCCAGGAGUGGAGGAUGCCCCAAUUGCAAAAGUAGGAGUUCUGGCAGCAAGUAUGGAAGCAAAAGCUUCAGCUUUGCCUGAAAGAGAAGAGAGACCAGCAGAAACAAAAAAGCUCAAGAUUGCCUGGCCGCCUCCAUCUGACCAAAGUAUCCAAGGAAGUGCCUUAGAUGAGGGCAUCAAAGUAUUCAAACCCAAAUGGCCCCCAGAAGAAGAGAUUUCCAAGCCAGAUGUGCUGGAGGAUGUGGAUCUGGAUCUCAAAAAGUUAAGAAGAUCUUCCUCGCUGAAGGAAAGAAGUCGUCCCUUUACAGUAGCAGCCUCAUUUAGAACAAUAUCUGUUAAAGGCCAUAAAACAGAGAAUUCAUCUUCUCCUUCUAAGGCAGGGAGAGACAUGUUGAAAAGAAGUGAGGAACUGGAGAGAGAGGUUGUGGUAGACAAAAAGCAAAAGGAAAAGAAGGUUGAGAAUAGGAACAUCCAGAGUGCUGAAGAAAAAAACGUAGAGGAAGAAUGGGAAUUGUCUGCUAUCAAAACAGUAGAGCGUAACUUUGUAGAAAAUGGCCAGGUGAAUGCAGAGACAGAUGAGGAAGAACACGCUAUGGAAGAGCAGGAAAUUCCAAAUGAAGAAUUCCUUGAACAAAAUGCUUCUCCUAAGCAUUCCAGCUUAGCCAAUGUCGUGACUGCUAAGGAAUCAUCUCCUAACCAGAAUCGCAAAUCCCAAGAUGUUGGUUUCUGGGAGGGUGAAGAUAUGGAAGAUCUAUCUGUGGAAGAACAGAUCAAAAGGAAUCGUUACUAUGAAGAAGAUGAUGAAGAAUAA